CAACUCCACCCUCAUCAUUGACCUCACAAGCCAACUCCCCCUGCGACUAUCCAUCCAACUUCUCCAGCACCCUGCAUAACCUUCUCAUCAACACCAACACCACGCUCACCACAAUGGCCAACCCCAAGUUCGCCUCCCCGCUCGAAGCCUCCUCCAACUACCACCCCUGCGCGCCCUCGCCCUACCACGCCCUGCGCACCGCCGCCGUCGACACGGCCGUGAGCAUGGGCUACGACUACGACUCACUCGCCGAGAUCCCCGUCGACUGGUCCGCGGACCAGGACCCCAACAACCACGUCUCGAACCCCAUCUACGCCAAGUACGCGUCGACGGCCAACAUGCGCCUGUUCGAGAGCUUCGCCACCGUCAUGGGCGACAAGUACGCCGACAUGCUGCGCGGCAAGGCCAUCGGCCCCGUGCUCAAGGGGUACACGUACAAUCUCAAGCGGCCGGCUGCGUAUCCAGACUCGGUGCUUGUUGGGAACAGGCUUAGCGACGUUCGCCCGGACCGGUACUUCACUACUACGACGAUCUGGUCGCUGCGCCAGCAAGCUGUCGUUGCGGAGUGUGCCGGCUGGGUUGUGUUCAUCGACUUUGCUACUGGGCGGCCGGCGGACCUGUUGAAGGCGGGCGAGCCGUACGUUUCGCUGCACGCUCAGAUCAAGGACAAGGUGGAAAAGGCGAAUGCGCUUCAUGCGGAGUGGGAGAAGAAGCAUCCGCCGAAGCGGCCGAGUUCCCAGCUGUGACUAUAUAGCUGCAGCUGCUAGCACAGGGUUUGGUGUCAAUGGCGGCAUGGUUUGAUUGUCAAGGAGAUGCAAAUGGUAGUCUUGCCUUGAACGGCGACACAUAUGUACACUGGAAAUGGAUAGGCGUUCUUCAUUUCAUCGGUUUGCUUGAGCAUAAGGCAUGAUCGCUCGUUCUACGAGGACACCUGACCGAAAGGGGCUGCGAAUCUACACUGAUACUGCAAUUCCUCCACAUUUGCUCAAACCUAGUGAUUCAAAACUCUUC